ACCACCUCGUCUCCUCCUCCACCUUAUCCGGCGUCCAUUCUCUGCUUAUCCUGCGCUCACCCCUUCCCCCAUCCGGGCAUUCUCAAUUCCCGUCGAAAAUGGGCAAGGGUGGCACUCUCAGCGACGGCGUCAUCAAGAAGAUCCUCCUCUCCUACGCCUAUGUCGCCAUCUGGAUCUUCCUCAGCUUCACCGUCAUCGUCUACAACAAGUACAUCCUUGACAAGAAGAUGUACAAUUGGCCCUUCCCGAUCUCCCUCACCAUGAUCCACAUGUCUUUCUGCGCCACCUUGGCUUUCCUCCUCAUCAAAGUCUUCAAAUUUGUCGAGCCCGUUACCAUGUCUCGCGAACUCUAUCUUUCAUCCGUCGUCCCCAUUGGAGCACUGUACUCUCUCAGUCUAUGGUUUUCCAAUUCCGCUUACAUUUACCUUUCCGUGUCGUUUAUUCAGAUGCUCAAGGCUCUGAUGCCCGUAGCGGUAUAUUCGAUUGGGGUGCUUUUCAAGAAGGAGGGUUUCAGGAAGGAUACCAUGGUUAAUAUGGUCUCGAUCUCGCUUGGGGUGGCCAUUGCGGCUUAUGGGGAGGCUAGAUUUGACAGCUGGGGCGUGAUAUUGCAGUUGGGUGCUGUUGCUUUUGAGGCCACCAGGUUGGUCAUGAUCCAAAUCUUGCUCGCUUCUAAAGGGAUCACGUUGAAUCCCAUUACUUCUCUGUACUAUGUUGCGCCCUGCUGUUUCGUUUUUCUCUUGGUCCCUUGGAUUUUUGUUGAGUAUCCUGUUCUGAGGGAGACAUCAAGUUUCCAUUUUGAUUUCUUGAUCUUUGGGACCAAUUCCGUCUGUGCUUUUGCUCUGAAUCUAGCGGUGUUCUUGCUUGUUGGGAAGACCUCUGCCCUGACCAUGAAUGUGGCCGGUGUGGUUAAGGAUUGGCUGUUGAUUGCGUUUUCUUGGUCUAUUAUUAAGGACACUGUGACACCCAUCAACUUGUUUGGAUAUGGGCUUGCAUUCUUGGGUGUUGCAUACUAUAACCAUUCAAAGUUGCAGGCUUUGAAGGCCAAAGAAGCACAGAAGAAGACUGCUCAGCCGGAUGAAGAAGUUGGGAGGUUGUUGGAAGAGAGGGAAGGAGAAGGAACUGACAAGAAGAGUGAAUCGCAGAAUUAGAUCAAGGGUUAAACUAGGAAAUGAAAUGGGAACAGACAAUGAAAAUAAGAUCAAAAGGAAAAGGAAGAGGUUGGAUGGUGAUCAAAAGGGUUUAAUUUGGGGCAAAAGAGAUAUCCUGUAUCAGAUUUCUUUUGCUCUUUGGCUGCAUUUUGGUUAUAGUAUUCUGUUUUAGGUUUCCAUUUCAUGUGUUGGUUAAUCAUGGCCGUUCUUUAGUAAUACUAGGGGUUUGAGAUUCACAUCUGUUGCCUAUUGCCAAUUCCUGUAUGUUAGUAGAGCAAGAAUCUCAGAUGCCCUGUUCUUGUUUCUAUUUUCUACUUUUGUUUUUUCCUUUUUGAUCUUUUGACUUCUUGUGUUUCUGUAGGUGCUCCUUCCAUUGUUGGAGUUUCAAAGCUUAUCUAUCAUAUCAUAUGUUUAUUUCACCUUGUGUUUUAUUUAUCAUUUUGUCUUGUUUAAUUUUAUAUCAUAUGUUUAUUUCAUCUUGUCCUUUAUAUAUGUAUGUUUCGAAAGUGUUGGAAGUUUAGGAGCUGGAAUUCAAAUAACAGUAAUCCUCUAUCUUUUAGAGCAUUUGUAUGUGUAUGCGUAUGUGAUUCAGCUCUAAAACUUAGUUUGUUCCAACUUUGUGUGGAGAUUGCUGCUUGUUUUCUUCAUGUCACAGGUCCUUACCAAAUUCCCAGAAUUUGGUUCAUCCUUGCAUACAAAUAGAAUUUAAGUUGGGUGAUUAAGGCAAGGAAAGUUUAGCAAAUCUUAAAUGUCUAAAUGUGCUGCCUUCUACCUUUGCUUUCUCAACUAUUAAUUAUCUUUUAUCUCUUUAUAUGGACUCUUUCCUCAAGUUCUUUCUUUUCUUUUCUUUUUUUUGUUCUUUUGUUUUUAAUUUUGGUUUGCAUAAUAAAAGGCAAUUUUCUUU